GUCAAGGAUUCAAUUCCGGCGGAGGCGCGUUCCCCGUUUUCGCUGCUGGAUUCGCGGGCAAGUGGUUUAUCGAACGUCGUGCAGGCAGAACAAUGAAUGGCAAGUCACUGCAAAUACAAAUCUGUCCCUACUGCAAAAAGCAGUUUAAACGUCUCAAGUCUCACCUGCCUCACUGUAAGAUGGCAGGUGGUGAAGAUUCAAGAAAAGCUUUGCCUCUCCUCAGAAAAGCCCAUGAUUCUGUUACAUCUGAAUUGCUAAAUACUGAGAAAAAGAAACAGCAGACCAGAAGCUUAGAAACUAUUCCCAAAGAGGAAAGUAAAAAGAGUAAAACUGACUUGGUCACAAAAGAAAAAAGAAGAAAAAAUACUGGAGUAACUGGUACAGUAGUAAGCAUCAGCCUGCCUGCAGAUAAAGAUACAGAAAAGCGAAUUAAAAGCGCUAGUGAAAAGUCUCCCCAAACAAGGGAAAAUAAACAAAAAACCUCAGAAGAGCUUCCAGCACAGGUUGAUAAGAAGCUAUUUCCAAAAAUAAAACUUCAAGAGAAGUUAUCCACAGUCCAAAAAGCCAGCAGAGUCUCGUUAGUUAAAGAAGAGAUUAUAUCUGGUCUUAGUUUAGAAUCACUAAUGCGGAGUGGAAAAGCCACUUCAGAAUCAUAUCAGAAACCCUGUGCAAAACAAAAACAAAACAUAGAGACACCUGUAGAGCAGAAUGUGUCCCUUUCAACUAAUUAUUUCAUUGAGAGUCUUCAACCAAUUCAUCAAGGACUUGGUGGCAGAAUAGAACAAAUCACUGCAACUCAUCAUCAAGUGAGAGUGUUAAAAAACAGAGGUGAAUCCUCUGUUCAUAAUAGCCCAUUAAAUGAAGCUAUCCUUGAUAACAGUGAGAAAGGACAAUGGCCUCUGAAAUCAUUGUCAGGAGGAGGAGAGAUUGCCUUGGCCAACAGGCAACAAAUUAUUACAGACACUGCGGACAAGAAGAGCAUUUCAGAACUUGAACUUACAGGAAACAUUGGGAAUGCAGACACAGGAAAUGACAAGACCACAGUUAAAGCAUGCGCAUCACAGGACCAUGUUAUAGACAGCUGUAGAAGGGUUUCCAGAGGCCCAGUUCACUUAUUUAAAAGUAAGUUAGAUGCAUAUUCUUCAUUUCUCAAAGCAGAGGAUUAUCCUAAGGAAUGUCUUGCUUAUCCAGAUCCUAAGCCAAAUGUGUGUCCCACAUUCACAGCAGCUUUCAGAGAAAUGAGAGAUGAUAAAACACCUAAUAACUACUUACAUGAUUUGGAGAAAAAUACGGAUUUACACUCAAGGAUCAUUGUGACAAAAGAAGGUAAAAAUUCAGUGAUGGGUUUAAGAAAACCCUCACUCCAAGGGUUAGAAAUAACUACUUCCCAUUGGUGUACAUCUCCAGAACAAGACAUACAACUAUCUUCAUUGGGAUUGGAGUGGUUCUCAGAACUGUAUCCCAAUUAUCAAAGGCUGGGCUUAUUUUUAGAGAGAGAACCACAGUGGGAUACCAGAAUACCAGAAGCUCACAUUCUACCUUGUGACAAUCACAAAGUUCCUCUGGCAGAAAAAUACGUAAAGGAUGUAAAACUCCGGGAUUUGUCCACCUGGCUAGGCCUACGUGACUUGUCUCCACAGGGGAUGCUUGGAGCAACGUUCAGAGCCUGGAAUGGAUACUGCAACAGGAACGUCAGUGUGAAAAAGUAUGGAUUGCCUGGGAUUUCUCUUCUGCUGGGCUUGUGUACCCUCAGCUAUGCCUGGAGCCAUGAACACAUUAAAUUUAAUCGUUGGCGGAAAUACCCUGAUGAAGAUGCAACAGUAUGAAUAUAAGACACAUGUGUGCUGCUUGAUCAUGGACCUUGCCAUGGAUCUCGCCCAGUAAAGUGGACAUUACCAGUCUUGCUGCAGAAGCUACAUGAAAGUAUUUUGACUAGUAACUUAGCACCACUUUAGAAAAGGUAAUCUGUCAUGGCAUAGAUAUUUUUUGCUGAUAAACUCACAGUUUCUGUAAUCUUGACUUUUCACAGGCAGGAUCUGAUGUCCGUUUUGCACCAUCUGCAGUGUUACUUGAGAUUCCUUUUGGCCUGUGGAGUCUAAUUAAUGGGGCAGUACUCUCUAGUAUGUCCUCUGCCACCUGGAGGCUCAACCCAGGUCCCUCCUGAGUCCUGCAGGUGCUGGGAGUGAAGGAGCAUAGCAGGCUGGGUCCAGGAGAUGGUCUCAGUGGACCAUAGUGGGGGAAGACAGGUCAUCCCAAUGGGGUCCUUUAGGGCUUGAUUCUCUACCCUGUCCUGUUAAACAUUUAUAUGAAACUGCUGGGAGAGAUCUUCCACUGGUUUGGGUGAGAUGCCAUCAGUAUGCUGAUGAGCCAUAGCUCUUCAUUACACCAGAAGCUUAACUGGGGGUGUUGUGAAAGUCCUGAUUUGAAUGGGACAAAGCAGACUGAACUGAACUCUAGCAAGAUAGAGUUAUUGUUUGUUCAUUUAGUGUGAGGCAGGUAGUUCCUUAUAUAGCCAGGCUAUAAGCCCUUUUUAGCUUUGAAGUCUGAAACCAACUUCUUGGACUACACAUAGAAAAUAAUUGCCAACCAAUGCAGGUCUUUAUAUAUUAGAGCAAUCUUCACUGUUUUCGUAUAGCUGCUACAGACUGAACUUUUCAGAUGCUUUUCAAGUACAGUUGUAUGUAUGGUAUAUUGCAAUGGUCCCAAUAUUAUGUAACCAAUGUUGCCAAAUCAGACUUUUUAGGAGUGGCUGUUGUACGAAUACAGACCUUACCAUUGCUGCCACCUGAAAGUCCAGUCACAAUAUUGAAUCAAGGAACUCUCUCAUCUGCACAUUAGGGGUAUCACAGAUCUUAUCUAAAAUAGGUCAAAUCAAGAGUGUAAAGCCAAACUUUCAGCUAACCAUCAGUAUUGCCAUUUUGUGCAAUUAAUUUUAGUUUGUUCUUUAAUUCAACUUAUUAUUUUGCUCAGGCAACAUAUCAGCCACUUCCUUGAUAUUAAAUCUUGAAGAACAAGAGAACACUUGGGUCCAUAUGACCUCUCCCAGCAGCUUCCUGUAGAUAUUAAAUAAGAAAAUACUUCCAGAGGAUUCUGUCUUGUCUCUAAGACAACCAAAGCAGUUCAUAUUGCAAUGGAUAGCCCAGCUGGAAUGGGUUCAUUUCAGCCCAGAUAAUCAGUAUCCUUCAGAUGAACAUUUGAGACAAAUGUAUUUUGGUAAGCAUAAAAUCCAUCUUCAGAAACAGAAAAGGCACCAUUUUUCACUGCAUUUGAAGGUAACACAGGGUACAGGAUAACCUGUGCUGUACACACAGUAGUGCCCUCCAGCACUUUAUUAGCACCUACCAUCAGGCCCUUUGCUUGCUUCCCACUCAGUGUCACAGUGCAUUAAUAUUAGCACCAGUGAGCAUCAUACAAGCAAAACAGUGCAUGUUUGUCACAAAAUUUGGCCUGUGCAUCACAAUAUCUGUUGCUUCUCUACCUACUUGAAUGGUCAGGUGGUUUUUCUAAUGGCACCGUGUAUGAUUUAUUGAAAGAAAAUGAUUAGGCAAUAUAACCAACUGGUUAAGGCCUGCAACAAGCAAGAAUCACUACCCUCAGGGCACCAGCUCUGGAUAGGUGUGGCUGGGAAGAGGGAGCUCAGGAGAGCCUCCAGGGGCAGUGCUUUCACUGCCAUCUGUUAGCUCAGAAAGAUAGUUGAUUCUGUCUCAGGGGUAUCUUGAAGAAUUUGCUGUUUAUAUCAGGCCCCCCAUGCAAGCAAGAUGUGAGAAUAUAUGCAAAUCUGGCCAACUAUGAUGCAAAGUGCAGCAACAUCCACUUUAUUUUUAAAUAACCCCAUAGGUAUGGGGAGUGGCUAAAGUCCAGUGCUCUACUUGGAAGCAAGACGCCCUGUCCAGAAAAAAGGCAGUUUAUUCUGGUACAGUGCACCCAAGAUAGGGGGAGCAAUCUCACUUCCUUGCUGUCUGAUAAAUUGGCUUUCUAUGGCUUGCCACGCCCGUUAUGACCAUCUGUGAAUGAAGUAAAAGGCCCCUCCUGGCAACCAUUGUGGAGACAUAGAUGAUAUGCUUUCAGAACACCAAAUGGGCCUAAUGGUCCCGAAAGGUUGUCUAACUCUGCUAUAAAUAGUUUCAUAUUGUGUUAAAUUGAUAGGUUUAUCAAAGCUGAUCACAGCACAAGACAGACAUAGCAGGUGAACUGCUUUUUUCUUAGAGCUUUGCUAACACAAGAAAAGCAAAAAUAGAUUCAAUCAGUGCAAUGUUAAGCAGAUAUCCUCAAAUAAUCAAUAGUAUUACAGUAAUGGCUUUUAAAAUGUAUUAUAGCAGAGAAGAAGUAACAUUAAUAAUAGAGUGUUCUACGUCUGGAGAAAGAAAUCCAUACCGUUAAGUAGCUCAAAUGUCCUUUGAGCAGAACCUUGCCUGUAGAGACAAAAAGGAAAGCACUGAUUUAAACCAAAGCUGAUCUGUUGUACUCAGAUGACAGUGGAUUUGUUUUUCACUUUGGAAUUAGCUGUGGAAACCUCAUACCCUCAGUUAAUUGUUUGGCCUUUAUUAUAAGAAGUUCAGAGUGGGUGUGGGUAUGCUCCAAGUCCCAUCACUUAAGCAGUGUCAUCUGGCAGGACCCAGAGGACAGGCCUUCUCUGUCUCUGCACCUACCAUAUGGAACAGCAUUCCCCCCACCUCACCACAAGAUUUAGAAGGACCCAAUGCUACCUGCCUUUUGCAAGGCUCUCAAAACCUGUUUUUUCUGCUAGGCAGUGGUUGGAGCUUUUGUGCUCAUCUUGGCUACUUGUUUGUUUGUUUUAAUA